AUGUCAGCGGCACACCCACCAGCGAAGCAGACGGCCAUCGUCGGCCUUGACGAUGGCAACAUCGGGCUGCGGCGAGACGCCCCCGUGCCGCUGCCGCAGCAGCAGCUCGCCGACGACAUGAUCCUGGUGAGAAACGUGGCCGUGGCGCUCAGCUCCAUGGACGCCAAGUUGGUGGCCACCACCACCACCAUCACUCCCGGCGCCAUCGCAGGCAUGGACUUUGCGGGCGAAGUCGUCGCCCUCGGCUCCAACGUCCGCACGGCCGCGCCCAUCCGAGUGGGAGAUCGCGUCUGUGGCGCGGUGCCGGGCAUGCACGCGCCGUCAUCCCCCGAGAUGGUGGGCGCCUUCGCCGAGUAUACAGUCGCCGCAGAUAUCACCACGAUGAAGAUCCCCGGCUACAUGUCCUUUGAGGCCGGAGCGUCUCUCGGCAGUGGCUUGGGCGCCGUUGGCAUGGCCCUAUUCCAGUCCCUAGACGUACCGGGCACACCGAAGCGCCCCGCGGAGAAGCCUGUGGACGUGCUCGUGUAUGGUGGCAGCACUGCGAACGGCACUCUGGCGAUGCAGCUGCUCAAGCUCUCGGGGCUGCGCGUCAUCGCGACUUGCUCGCCUCACAACUUCGCCCUCGUACGCUCCUACGGAGCUGAUGCGGUCUUCGACUACAGAGCGCCAUUAUGCACUGACGAUAUCCGCAAUUAUACGCAUAACUCGCUGCGCUUCGCGCUCGACUGCAUCUCGGAGCCGGAGACGAUGCAGUUUUGCUAUGCCUGCAUCGGCAGGCAAGGGGGCAAGUACACCGCGCUCGAGCCGUAUCCCGAGUUCCUCCAUACUCGGCCAAACGCCGCCGUCGUGCCAGACUGGGUCCCUGGGCCGGCAGUGUUCGGGAAGAGGCUCGGCUGGCCAGAGCCAUCGUUUGCGCGAGUUCCCAGCGACGAGCAGCGAGCAUUCGUCAUCGAAUGGUUCGCCAUCGCACAAGAACUCCUCGACGGGGGGAAGCUAAAGCCGCAUCCGCUGCGACUGCUGCCCGGCGGUCUUGACGGUGUCCUCCACGGCCUGGAGCAGCUCAGGCUGAAAAGGGUCUCGGGCGAGAAGCUCGUCUGCCGCGUUCAGGCCUCCCUCCACGAGAACAUGGACCGGAUACUGGCCGAGGAGCCGACGCCAUCAGGGCAGAAGAGGUAUCUGGUGCGUUAUACGGGGCCCGAGGGGGCCAGCAGCAGUAGCAGCAGCAGCAGCAAAUGGGUCGAGGUCGACAAGCUUCAGGAGAAGCCACAGAUUCUGCACGACUGGUACAAGGAGAAAUGGUGGACCACUUGA